AUGCCUGACAUGGUCUACAAUAGCGUGGUGAUGUGUGCUGCAUGUGCUAUGAGAGCGCAAUCCUUCGAAACAUUUCUCAAGGGGCUUGACAUGGAGGGUGUGCAGGGCGACAUAGGACUGUUUGGGCACUUCUUGCCACGUCCAGCUUCGGCUGAUUGGUUCCAUUGGAAUGUUCAGCGUUAUGGCACCAAGUGGGAUGUCCCAGAUCCCACAUGGGAACGCGACGACCUUGCCUUUCAUCUGAAGUUUGAGACCGCAUGGAGCCCACCCAUUCCUUUCUACAAAUUUAUUGAAUCUGCUGAUGGCGGUGACUGGAUGGUUGAUGCCAUUUUUCAUUCAGCUGCAGAGAGGUGGGUUGGACGCUACGCCUGUGGAUCUUCCAAGACCUGGAAGUACAACUUCGAAGACCCGAAAUGGCGGGACAGACUGCCUCACAAGAUUGUUCACGAAGUUGAGCUAGACCGCAUUUAUGCAGAAUGGCUCGAGGAUCAUUAG